CGCGAAGAAGAAGCAGAAGAAGAACAGUCCUCGGUAAUGUCGAAGCCCCCUGCAGCUCUUCCUGGGCCAGUUUCCCGAUCAACCAAGAUGAGCAAAGCGUCCGCCAAACGCGAUGUAUUCCAGCCAGCUAAGCAUGAAUCGGAAGGGGGGAGCCUGUGGCGCGGCAGCUUCGGUUCCCUCUUCACGUCGUCACGCCUGACUGCUAGACGGCUAGCGGACGACACCGGAAACCAGACGACAUCAGAGACAGCGGUGGAGAGCAGGUCCGCGUUUGGGCACGGCCGAUUCCAGAAGACGAUGCUCCUCUGUGCCCAGCUGGCAACCAUGCUCGCCUACUCCUACAGCUUCACACUCUUCAUCGAUUUCGAGCCUGUCGAGCACUGGUGCGCGCCUCCGCAAGAGUUCGCCAACGUAUCCGAGGAGCAGUGGAAGGACGCGGCCAUACCACGUGACACAAAAGGCGGCUUCAAACAGUGCCAGCGUUACGACCCACUUGUUGCGCCUGAUUCCCAACUAACGACACCGCCGUUUCCGCCUGGAAACAGCUUGGAUGACAACCUCGGAGCCGACGCGCCGCCCAGCCUGGUGGUAGACAGAAGCAACGCCAGCGAGGUGCCUUGCGAACGCUUCGUCUACGCACUUGGCACUCCGGGCAGGAACGCUGUGGCCCGCUGGGACAUGGUCUGCAACAUGUCGCGGUACCAGGGUCUGGUGAAAGCAGCGUACGCGGGAGCCAGCGUCCUGGUCACACCAUGCGUUGGCAUAGCGUCGGACAUCCUAGGUCGCCGGCUGGUUCUUCUUAUGGCCUUGGCAGUGGUGAUAGGCUCGGGUGUGGCUACUUGCCUAGCAAGCUCCCUGUUGGCCUACGGACUUUUGCGCUGUUUGUCAUCGGCUGCCUGCAGCGCCAUAGAAGUGACGUCGUUCAUACUGCUCUUCGAGAGCACACAGCCUGGACCGCGGGGGCCGUACUGCGCCCUGGCCAUCUGCUGGCCCACGCUUCUCGCGCCCAUAUACGUCGCCGGACUAGCAGUUGUCUUUACGGAUUGGACCGCUUUCAACUUGAUGAUACUGCUACCGUCGGCAUUCCUGCUGGUCACGGCGUGUCUGGUCGACGAAUCACCGCAUUGGCUGAUCGUCAGCCUGCGCUUUGAAGACGCCGAGCGCGUCGCUCUGUACGCGGCCCGAUUCAACGACGAGGACACGGACCGCGUGCGCAGGCGCAUCGACGCUAUCCGCCACGCCGCCAGGCUCAGCCACCCACGUGGCCGAGGCGCAUGGCUGUUGGAGUCUGCCAAGCGCUCGCUGGCUGCUACGUUUAUGUGCGGUGGUUUGGCGCGCCGAAGCUUGGCGCUGAGCGUAGCCUGGUUCACAUUGUACCUGAUCUACUACGGCGGAGUGGCAACCGAUCACAAGUCAGUGAGCCACAGCUACGAGCUUUCCAAAUGGGUCGUGGUGACCGGAAAUGCGCCAGCAAUGGCGGUCGCCUACUUCCUGGUCAAACACCACGACCACCUGGCCUCUGCCGUCAUGGUGAUGUCCACGGUGGCGAUAGCACUAGCGGUCCAGUCUGCACUGGUGGCGUUUGAUCUGUCGCUGCCGCUAGCUGUACUCAUCAUGUGGAUGAAGCUGCUGCUGAACAUCACCUACGUCGUGCUAUGCGUGCACACGGUCGAGAUGUUCCCGACAGAAGUUCGUAGUGUCGGCUUCUCGGGCGCCUACAUGUGGGGUCGGCUGGGUGCCACGUCUGCCAGCGCUGUUAAGGACAUUGAGGAGCACCUAACCGGAAGCGCGAAGGCUCUCCCGCUUGCGUUUUCUGCUCUGGGUUUGGCCCUGUCAUCUCUGUUCUUGAUGACGCUUGGUAAUCAAGGGCCCCCUGAAGCGUCAAUGAUGGCGAUGAUGUGGCACGACGAGACGAAAAGAGAACAACACCGACGCCACCUAGUGCCCUUGGGUACUCGCGAAUGACAUUUUUGGUGUACCAUCCCUAUGGAGCACUGGUAACUGUGUGCAUGUGUCUAGUUUUACUGUUUGCCGUAUGUUUGCUCUCAAUGCGCCAUUAUAGAUGUCAGAAAUUGAUGCCAGAAUGUAAAUAUAUUUAGUUUUUUUAGUAGUUUUAGA